GCUCAGACACUUGCACAGAAAAGAAUAAAAAGCGGAGAGAGAGUGUGAGAGAGAGAGAAAGCGCGAGAAAAUUCGUAGGUUCACACUGCUACGUUAAUGGCGGUUAGGGUUUUCUACUGAUCUCCGGGAACCCUAAUCACCUGCCUCUGCCCUCGUCUUCUCUCUUUUGCCCGCCCUCAAAACCCUAAUUGAAAGUUUUGUCAAAUUCUCCUGUUCGAUUCAGACUCUUACCCAAUUACCCAAUUUUAGCUACGAAACUUGAAUCGCAGAGUAGGGAGCUCCGAUGGGUGCGCCGGAGAAAUCACAGGCCAAUACCAAUUCGAUGCAGCGUGUUAAGGUCUACCGUCUGAAUGAAGAUGGAAAAUGGGAUGAUCAGGGAACAGGCCAUGUUACGGUUGACUAUAUGGAGAGAUCAGAAGAGCUGGGUUUAUUUGUUAUUGAUGAAGAAGAUAAUGAGACAUUACUUCUGCAUCGUAUCAGUUCGGAUGAUAUCUACAGAAAGCAAGAAGAUACAAUUAUCUCAUGGAGGGAUCCAGAAUAUUCUACGGAAUUAGCUCUCAGCUUUCAGGAGUCUACUGGCUGCUCUUACAUAUGGGACCACAUAUGCAGUGUCCAAAGGAAUUUACAUUUUAAUUCUCUUAACAAUGAGACAUUUCACAGUGCAAACAGUGAGUUAAGGGAGCUACCUGUGGUUGAGCUAUCGACACUUCCUUUAAUCCUGAAGACUGUAGCUGAGAGUGGCAUUGCUGAUCAGAUGCGAUUGACAGAACUGAUAUUGACUGAUCAAGAGUUUUUCCGAAAGCUCAUGGGCCUAUUUAGAAUCUGUGAAGACUUGGAAAAUGUUGAUGGUCUACACAUGAUAUACAAAAUAGUAAGGGGGAUCAUUCUGCUGAAUAGUCCUCAGAUCUUUGAGAAAAUAUUUGGUGAUGAUUUAAUCAUGGAUGUCAUUGGUUCCCUUGAGUAUGACCCUGAAGUACCUCAUGUCCAACACCAUCGUAACUUUCUAAAAGAGCAUGUUGUUUUUAAGGAGGCCAUACCGAUUAAAGAUCAUAUGGUUCUGUCAAAGAUACACCAGACGUAUAAAGUUGGAUAUUUAAAGGAUGUUGUUUUGGCUAGAGUACUGGAUGAGGCCACGGUUGGAAAUCUCAAUUCCAUAAUUCAUGCAAACAAUGCUAUUGUUGUUUCUUUGCUAAAGGACGACAGUACCUUUAUUCAGGAAUUGUUUGCUAGGUUAAGGUCACCAUCCACCUCUGCAGAAUCUAAAAGGAACUUGGUAUAUUUCUUGCAUGAGUUUUGUAGUUUAAGCAAAAGCCUGCCAAUGGUCCAGCAGCUCCGCCUGUUUAGGGAUCUCAUGAAUGAAGGAAUCUUUGACAUUGUAACCGAUGCUUUGCAGAGUCAAGAUAAAAAGCUUGUACUAACUGGGACAGAUAUCCUCAAUCUUUUCAUGAAUCAGGAUCCAAACCUUCUUCGUUCAUAUGUUGUUCGUCAGGAAGGAAUACCACUUCUAGGACUCUUGGUUAAAGGAAUGAUUACAGAUUUUGGGGAAGACAUGCACUGUCAGUUUCUUGAAAUUCUUCGUAGUCUACUAGAUUCAUACACAUUGUCAGGAGCUCAGAGAGAUGCAAUUAUCGAGAUUUUCUAUGAGAAGCAUCUGGGUCAGUUAAUUGAUGUUAUAACAGUGUCAUGUCCUUUGGAAGGCAAUGCUCAAUCAAUUGAUCAAAAUGUCGCGAAGCCUGAAAUACUGUCAAACAUAUGUGAAUUGCUCUGCUUUUGUGUUCUUCACCAUCCAUACAGAAUAAAGUGUAACUUUCUUCUUAAUAACGUCAUAGAUAAAGUUUUGUUGGUAACACAAAGAAGGGAAAAGUAUCUAGUUGUUGCUGCAGUUCGAUUUGUUCGCACUAUUCUAUCCCGUCAUGAUGAGCAUCUGAUAAAUCAUAUUGUUAAGAACAACCUUCUCAAGCCGAUUGUAGGUGCAUUUGUUGGUAAUGGAAAUCGAUAUAACCUGCUCAACUCUGCUGUUUUAGAACUUUUUGAGUUCAUUCGGAAGGAAAAUCUGAAAGCAUUGGUCAAAUACUUGGUUGAUUCAUUCUGGGAUCAGUUGGUCAAAUUUGAGUUUUUCGCAUCCGUUCAAGCACUAAAAGUAAAAUAUGAGCAGUGCCUAGAAAGUUUUGGACCAAAAGGAAGCACCAAUGUGUCAGACCCUAGAAAACGAACUGAUGAGCGUGCUUUGGAGAAAGAAGAAGAAGAUUAUUUUAAUGAAGACAGUGAUGAAGAAGAUACAGCAUCUGCAUCCAUGCCAAACACCCAGAAAGUACAGGCACAACCUCAGCCUGUAUUAUCCAAUGGUGUUGCUGCAAACCAUCCACCAUCCAGUCCAAGGUCUGUCGGGCUGGUAGAUUAUGAUGAUGAUGAGGAUGACGAAGACUACAAGCCACCGCCCAGGAAACAUCCCGAAACCUCCGAUGAAGAUGAAGGAACAAUGGAGUCCCUUAGGUUGAAGCGGAAAUUGGCUUCUAAGGAUAGGGAGCCCGAGCUUGCAAAGAGGCAACGGUUAGGUAAAAACUCCAAGCCAAAAGAAAGUGUGUUUGCUGCUUUGUGUACAACUCUAAGCCAGGCAGUGCUACCGAAUAAGAAAACUGCAAGCAACAUGCAUACAACUCACACAGCUGAUGGGAUCAGCAACUCAGGUGAAGGGAAAAAUCAAGAAAAUGAGCAUGCUGUUUCUAGGAGCUGUGCUGAUAGCAACAAUUCAGAGGAUGAGGAUAAUAGAGAGAAGGAGCCUGCCACUUCUAGAGGCUGCUGCGAUCGCUUGCAUGGCACUUCGGAGAAUAGACAGUUGGGUGGAGAGGACUGCCCAUUGAUACCACCGAAAUCCUCACCAGAAAUGGCUGUAAAUGGAUCCUGAGUUGUAUUUUAGAACCAUAGCCAGUGCAGUUACUACUUUGUGUUCUUGAUGCAACUUGUGAAUGUGUGCUUGGUGCCAGAAAGAGGUCCUAGGCAACAGAUGAACAACAUACUUUGAAAGAGAGGAAGUGAACCUGCAGAAGAGGAUGAAUUUUGGUCUAUGGCUGGCUUCCAUCGAUGGUAGGAGCGAAUACUGUAUAGUGUGCCAUUGCGACGCGGAAAAAAGAAAGUCAUACUCUCACAAUGUGGGGCCUGUCUUCUCAUCUUCACUUGGCCUUUUUGGGGCUUUGAAGUAUUUGCUUUUGUAAAACAUUCAAUCAGCAUUUGAUUUUCUAUAUCCAAUUUUAUCUUUUUUGCUUUUGGUUUUUGAGGUUCCCCCUUUUGUUCACAAGUUUGUGUUUCUUCAUGUUGGCUCUUUUUUGGCUUGUGAUAGAUAGGGCACCAAUACGUGCCCUGUAUGGUGGUGGGUAUACCUCUGAUGUUAAAAAAGUUUUAGUGGUGGGUGAGUGGUUGUAAUAGAGAGAGAGAGAGAGUGUGUGUGUGUGUGUGUGUGUGUGUGUGUGUAGGGAGUGGGUUUAGAGGCCAAUUUUCUUCAAAUGUAGUAGUAUGAGUGGAAAUUUUCAAUUUGUAGCUCACUGUAAAUUAGUUAUUGACUUUAUAAUUAUCCAAGAAAGCUUUUGAAGGUU